CUGAUGAUGAUACUGAAGAUGAGGGAGAUGAAAGUGAUGACGACGAAGAAGAGGAGAAUAGUAUGUUUCAGACAUUUGUGGAUGAAGCCAAUCUUAUUCAGUGCACAAAUGAAUUUGGGGUACUUCCUGGUCUAAUGAAGUAUAUAAGCAAAAACAUUCAAACCUGGAAGACACGAAAAUUGAAAAUUGCCAUCAUCGGAAAUUCUGGAACCGGAAAGUCGAGUCUUAUUAAUGCCAUCAGAGGUCUCAAGCCUGAGGACAAAGGUGCUGCUCCAGUUGGUGUGACAGAGACCACAAUGAAAAAGCAAGAAUACGUUCUUCCGAGUAACGAAAAUAUCAGUCUUUGGGAUUUACCUGGGGUAGGGACACACAAUUUUAAGAAAAAGGAUUAUCUCCAUGCCGUUAACUUGAAGGAGUUUGACGCCUUUAUGAUAGUGUCAGCCACACGAUUUUCAGAAAAUGACGUAUGGCUUGCCAAUGAGAUCCUUAAACUUGAGAGCUACAUUUUUUUUCUUCGGACAAAAAUUGACGCAGAUCUAAACAAUGAGAAAAUUGAUUAUCCGAGGAAAUACAACGAGGCUAGUUGCUUACGAAAAAUAAAAAUGGACAUUGUUAGCAACUUUAAAAAAUCGAAAUUUCCUCAAAAGAGAAGUGGGAUCUAUUUAGUCAGCUCAAGAGAAUCUUCCAAAUUUGAUUUCCCAAAAUUGUUGUUUAGACUUACGGGAAUAUUGAGUAAGAAAAGAUUUGCCUUACGAAGAGUACUAGAAAAUCAUUUAAAAAGCAUUUUAAAGAAGAAUAAAGAACAGAGAAAAGGCCAUUUUUUCUGGACAAAAGUUUCACUUUUAUUUGGUCUUGGCUCUUUGCCUUCUUUUACACGAGAAAUGCACAAUGACUGUAAAAUUGCGUUUUCCCUUGACGACAAAACUAUUGAAAGUGUCUCUGAUGAGAUAGGUAUGUCGGUGAAUGAUCUUAAAACCAAAGAAUUGAAAUAUUUCAAACUUUUGGAGGAACAUUUGAAAAAAGAAGAACAAUACAGUUAUUUUCUUGGUCUUAUAGUUAUACAAGGCUGUCCCAUUUUCAUUAAACAGUUAAAUGAAGUCUGUGAUGUGAUGGCUAUGGAUGAAGGAAUACUUGUUCAUCUAGUCCUGGACAAUUUGGAGGAAAAGCUGCGGACAUUUUAGAUGCUCAAUGUAUUGCUUUAAAUACAUGUCAUCAAGAAUAGUUAGUGCGCUAUGUGUUGACGAUUAACAACUAAUUUGAGUUAUCUUUAUAUAAUUCGGAUGUUAUUAGUUCUUUAUGUCAAUUGUUAAGAAAAAAAAAAGGAAAAAACAUUCUUAUCAUGAUGUAUUUACAACAGUUAUUGAGAUAUAGUUGGUAUUUUUGUGAGAGAUGCAGGAUUACAAUAUCAUUUGUAGCGA